AUGGUACAACCACUCACACGCCUUCCUCUCCAUUUCCGCGGAGCGUCGGAAUCGCGACUGUACACCUUCUCCGGAGAGUCAAAGGACCACCUCCGCAAGUUUAGACUAACGACUUCUCGGGCCAAGGAUCCCCAAGCUGUUAUUUACCUGAUCGAUAAGAACACUUACGAAAUCCGACAAGACGAAGACAAGAUCGUUUAUACUUCCCUCGAAGAAAUUGGCGAUGACCUCCCCGAUCAUGCGCCUCGAUUUAUCCUCCUGAGCUACCCCCUCACCAUGGGCGAUGGGCGUUUGUCUGUGCCAUACGUACUUAUCUUCUAUCUACCCGUUACCUGCAACGCCGAGAUUAGAAUGCUCUACGCCGGCGCCAAGGAGCUGAUGCGCAACACGGCCGAGGUCGGACGAAUUAUUGAUAUCGAGUCAGCGGAAGAUUUGGAGGAGAUCCCCGACAAGCUUAAGUCAGAGUAA